AUGUUGGGGGUGACGGUGCAAGGGAUGAUGAAGACAGACCUCAACAUGGCCAUGGUCUGCAUGCUAAAUCACACAGAAAGCGUUGAGUCGACAAACGACUCGAAUAGAGACACGUGUCCUGCUCGAAACUCUUCUACCAAUGAGCAAGACUCGGAAAAAAUAAAUGGGAAACUCCAUUGGUCAAGUCAAGCCCAAGCAUGGAUUUUUGCUUCUUUCUACUGGGGCGGUCUUGUCUCGGUGUUACUCUGCUCGAAUCUCGUCCAGAAGUUUGGCGCAGCUCGAGUCCUCUUGAUCGGAACAAUACUGAACGUGGUCGGCUCGUGGGUGACCCCUGUGGCGGCUCAACAUGGUGGAGUGGCCUUUCUCAUUGUCGUCCGAUUUGUGAUGGGUCUCGGACAGGGUGUUUUAUUGCCGACGGCCGCCACGGUGAUUGCCGCAUGGUUCCCGGCCUUCGAGAAAAGCACUGCGAGUGCCAUCUACACUGCGGGAAAUCAGAUCUCGACAAUUCUUUCGCUUUUUGUUUCCUCACAACUCUGCCAAAUCGACUUCCUUGGCGGCUGGCCGUCAAUUUUCUAUCUUUACGGAGCUUUCGGCGCCAUUUUUUGCGUUCUCUGGCUGAUCGUCAUCAACGAUUCCCCAGCCGAAAGCCGCUUUAUUUCUGAAGAAGAGAAAUCUUAUAUUCUUGAAGGUCGAAAAGGCGUUGAAAAACGAGUGAAAGCUCCAUGGCGUCGAAUUCUGACAUCGAGCGUUAUAUGGGCGAUGGUUCUCUGCACCGCAGCUCAAUCAAUAAUCACCGUCUCGCUCACGACUUAUCUCCCACGAUAUCUCAAAUUCGUCCUUCGAAUGAAUCUUACUUCGAAUGGAAUCUGGUCGGCCUUGCCCUUUAUUUGCCAGCUAUUCAGCAAAUUCGUCAUGGCUGCGAUUGCGGAUGCGGUAAAACGUCGUUACAAGGGCUCCCUUAACAUUGUCACCAAAUUCUUCAAUUCGAUCGCUUCCUUUGGUGCAGCGGCGUGCGUGAUUGGGGUCACUUUCGUGAGCUGUGACGAACAGGCGAUCGCUGUGAUGCUCUUCGCGGGUGCCAUGGCGAUUCUCUCUGGCUACAUUCCUGGAUACUUCACAUCACUUCUUUCUGUGGCCCCGGCCCAUACAGCAGCCGUAAACUCGCUCACACGAGUUUUCGGCCAAAUCGCGAGCAUCGCCUCUCCAUACAUCAUUGGUUUCAUUACGGUUCAGAAUACGAUGAGUGAAUGGAGGAUAGUGUUCUUUGUGAUCGCCGGCGCACUCAUCGUCAGCGGCACAUUCUUUCUCAUUUUUGGCUCAGCCGAACCACUUCCGUGGGCCGUCAGAGCACCCGCAUCUUCGAUUUCCACCGACUCGGUGUCAACAUGGACCACCCAAAGCAAUGAAAAGAAGGAAAUCUGU